AUGUUUUUUUCAAGCAGGGAGAGUGAAGGCUGUGUCAAACUCCCCUCCCCUCCCCCCAAACCCCCCCCCCGGGUCCCCGCGGGAGUCCCGCUGGUCCCUGGACGGCUGCCGGUGCUGCCGGGUCUGCGCCCGGCAGCGAGGCGAGCCCCUGCACCCGACGGCUUGCCCUGCGAUGGCCAGCGAGGACUGCAGUGCGACUACAGCGCCAGCUUCCACGGAGAGCCGGGGGAGUGCGUCAGUCGGGAGGAUCUGCGCUGUGAAGUCAACGGCAUCACGUACAAUGAGGGACAGUCGUUCCAGCCGUCCUGCGACACCCACUGCCACUGCAGAGGUGGAGGGGUCAGCUGUGUGCCCGCUUGUCCCCUGAAUGUUCUUCUCCCCACUCCGGAUUGUCCAAACCCACAGCGUAUCCGGCUACCGGGGAAGUGCUGCAAGGAAUGGGUGUGUGAAAACCUAGACAACACCGUCCUCCACGAUGCCAUCACAGCCACUAGACACGGGGGAUUGUGGCCGGCUCUCCCGAUGGAUCGGCAUCUAAAUAAACUGGUGCCACCCGCCUCCACCUGCACAGAGCAGAGCACCAGGUGGAGCGCCUGUUCCCGGAGCUGCGGGUCUGGGGUCUCCACACGCGUCUCCAACCAGAACCCCGCCUGCAAGCUGCAAAUGGAGACUCGGCUUUGUAAAGUGCGUCCUUGCCAUGCAGCUCAGCACGUCUCACGGGAACCCAUGUGGGGACUGCAGCGGCGCUGCAAGGCCAGCUACGCGUCGCCGGGCCCCAUCCGGCUCGUUCACCAGGACUGCCACAGCACCCGCGCCUACCAGCUGCAGUAUUGCGGGCGCUGCUCCGACGCCCGCUGCUGCACGCCCCACCACACCACCACGGCCGAGGUGACCUUCCGCUGCCCGGCGGGCCGGCGGCUGCAGAGGGCUGUGAUGAUGAUCCAGUCCUGCGUUUGUCACAACAACUGCCCCUACGCCCCUCACAGCAACCCGGCCCGGUGGGGAUACAGGCCCUGAUCGGACUUCACUGACUGAUCACCUGGUAGAUACAUAAGGACACUUUCUGAUCAAUGGAACGCGGAAGAUGAAAAACUGUGAUUGGGUUGGGAUGAACUUAUACACAACGCAUUCUACUGGUUUCUUUAUUAGUUGGACGCAAGCAACAAAUCACACUUAAUUUAGUAACGAAGUUACAAAAUUAUUUAAAGGGAGAAGAUAAGAGGGAGAAUAAAUGCACAUAUACCCCCCACAAUAUACAAAACAACCAGAAACAAGUUCAUGACCAACUAAACAAGUCAGAGGAUUAGGAAAACAAAAAGGGUUUAAGAAAGAUAUGCACUGAUUUUACUUGAUAGGACUUUUCCACCUGGGGGCACAAUAACUGCUUUAAAUCACAGCAGUAUCUGAUCACGUAAUGCCAAACAAGUGCCAGGGAGCCGAUAUAGAGAAACAAAAGCUGGUGCAAUUUGUGCAUUGUAUUCAAUGUUGUUGGUUUGUUGUUGUCGUUUUGUUCUGGAUGAUUUUCAGACAAUAUUGAAUUUUCACAAAACGUGUUGACAGAUAUGGUUUUCUGACUUGAGCAAUGUAACGUUUUACUUUUUUACUUUUUGUUUGUUUGUAGUUUAAUGACAUUGCACUUAUUUCCUCUCAUGUUUGUUUUGUUGUAAAUAUUUCUGGACAGAUGUGUCCCAUGUAUAUUGAAAUUUGUCUCUGUAUAAUACAUACGUCCUGCAUUUCUGCUAUCAAUGAUUUGUAUACAUGUAUUUAAUUUGUAAUUUUUAUUAUAUUCAAAGAUUUCUACAAUUGUGUUGGACUCGCUGUAGUUUCACUCCAUCAGUAACUAUUGUACAUUACACACUUUUUCCAUUAGAAAGUUUAGAAGUUUUUAGUUUAUCAUAUACAUCUUUUUUAUCUUAAAUGUUUCAUAUAAAAAAAUGAAUCAAA